UUUCGUAUUUACACUCUGAUUUAUAAGUACUUGUGAUUUCUGACAGUUCUGUGACAAUCGACGUCAAUUUAAUUACCAAAAAGUGUGAAAUCGUCAGCCAGUGAAGUCCUGUGAAGUUUGAAAUUGCUUUACAAUGGCGCAUGUACGAUCUCCUGCCGUUAGCAAUAAACCAAGCUGGUUUAGCUGGCGAUAUUGCAUCACCUUCUCUAUUCUGUUUCUACUUUUACUGUUCACUGCUCUCCUUGUUCUUCCUGAUAUACUUGGCGAAAGGGAUAAGCUGGUUGUUGUGCCUACAGUCAUCAACACUUGGAAUUUUGAACGAGCCAAUGAUGAAGCAUGGAAAGUCAUUUUUGCGGGUGGCUCUGCUCUGAAUGCUGUUGAGUUAGGCUGCACAGCAUGUGAGUUGGAUCAGUGUGAUGGAACAGUAGGAUAUGGUGGGAGUCCUGACGAAAAUGGUGAAACCACGCUCGAUGCCAUGAUUAUGGAUGGUGCAACCAUGAAUAUUGGAGCUGUUGCUGCUAUGCGCGAAAUCAAAAGUGCCAUCUCAGUUGCUCGUCAUGUGCUAGACAACACUCAACACUCCUUGAUUGUGGGGGAGCGAGCAACAGAAUUUGCAGAGAGGAUGGGUUUCAAAAGGGAAACUCUAACAACUAAUGUUUCAAAAAGCAUGUGGACAAAAUGGAAAGCAGAUAAUUGCCAACCCAAUUUUUGGAUGAAUGUUCGACCUGACGCAGAAGCAACUUGCGGUCCGUAUUCUCCUCUCCCGAAGCCUGAUCAAUUUUAUCCAGAAAUUGAUGGAGCCAGUGGCUCUAGUAUUGAGUUUGACUCCCAGAACCACGACACUAUAGGACUACUUGCUGUUGAUAUGGAAGGCAACAUUGCAGCUGGCACAUCUACAAAUGGAGCACGGUUUAAAAUUCCAGGGAGGGUAGGAGACUCCCCCAUUCCAGGAUCUGGAGCGUACGCUGAAAAUGGGAUUGGAGCAGCUGCAGCAACAGGAAAUGGUGAUGUCAUGAUGAGAUUUGCACCAAGCUUUUUAGCUGUGGAGCUCCUCCGUCAAGGAAAAACUGCCUUUGAAGCAGCAAAUGAAGCUAUUUUACGAAUACUUAAAUUCUAUCCACGCUUUGAAGGUGCAGUUAUAGUGACCUCAUUCUAUGGUGAUUACUCUGCUGCAUGUGCUGGUAUGAAGAGGUUUCCAUUUAUUGUUCAUCAAGUUGGAUUCAACAGAACUCUGCAUCAUGUUGAAUGUCAGCCAUGAAAAAUUCCAGUCAGCACAUCAUUGUGUAUGGAAAAUGGAAUUCAACCCCCCAGGCCGCGUCUAUUUGAAUUCGGCCAUCGUUAAAUGUUUGACAUUUCCUUUGUUCUCAAUAAAGAGGUUUCGUAGAAGUGAGUUUCAAAAAAACAAGUAUUAAAAAAAUAAGGUAUUACCAGGAAAAAAAGACACUCAUCUUAACAGUUCAUUAAUUGAUUUACUUUUUUGGGAAAGACAAUCCAUUUUCUAUUACUUUUGAUAAUGAUCAUCCUCCUAAUCAUUCCUAAAGAUAGUCUUGUACAUAUUUUUAUUUGUAUGUUAGACAAAGUGUAUUAUUUUUUUUUUAUCUAUUUGAAGCAUGUAUUGUAUUCAGAUUGUAUUAUAUUUUCAAGACAAGUAGGGACAUGCAUACCCUGAAAAACUGCAUUCCUCUUCUUUUGUGUUUUACAACUAUAGAUUUUUUUAAGUAAAACGAUUCUAUUAUGAAAUAAUAUUUAGAUCAGACAAAUUCUUUAAGUAUACUAUCAAGGACAGAUAAGUUUGUAGUUGUUUACUUUCGAUUGUAACAUGCAGUAGACAGUUUUAGCAAUACCUCUACUAUCACACUUGGUCAAUCCUUGAUUACUAUUGGCUAGAAGCAUUGUAGUUGCUUGCAUACGGAAAGUUAACAACUGCUAACUUAUCUGAUGCUAUUUCUAAGAGGUCACUCUUCACACAGGGGGGAGGGAGGGGAAGUGUCAUUAAUUGUUUAGAUGCCUAAGUAAAAACAAAAUUUUUUCACCAUUGUCAUCAUAAAUUCUCUGUGAUAGAACUGUAUUUUUUGCUCUUAGUCCCACCAUAGAAGGGGAGAUAUUUGUAUGAUAAACUAUAUUCAUGGACGUUUCUCUCAUUGUUACAUUGAAAUAUCCCUAUCGCUUACUAAGCCAAAAUUGUUACCAAAAUGAUCAAAAUGACAUCCAAAGCUGUGAUAUUUUUGUUUCGAUUAAAAAAAGAAAAAAGGGAAACAAAAUAAUCUGUAGUGUAGUAAAUUUUAUUUUAUUUUAUUUUGUAUUUCAAUUUUGAUGAAAAAAUUUAGAGAGUAUAGAAUGAAAUUAGUGUUACUUACUUAUUUAAUAUUUGUUGAUAUGUAAUUAUGAAAUGUAUAACUUCCAAUCCAACUGCACCUGUUAAUUGAGAUGAAAUAGAGGCUUCUUUCUCAAACAAUCAAAAUAAACUAUGUCAUCAAGAUGCAAGAAGGAACAUGGAAUGCUUAACCCUUUUGCUCAGUUAGUGAUCAACAACUUUUGCACUUCGAGUAAAAUCAUUGGCUACUCGAAAAUUCACAAAUUUUUUCUGGGUUUAAUGUUAGUCUUAUAACUCCAAAAUGCGGCUGGAAUUUUCUGAUUCAGCUUGUAACUUUUUUAAUUUAGGAUUCUUUUAUGUGUGAAAUUUUUGACCCCAGUUUUCUAUCUUAUUUUGAUUUGUCUUUUUCAAAUAGCCGAUGAUUUGUAUCAACUUGUAGUUUUUCACCUCAGCAUUUUCUUUAUCACUCCAAAAUAUACUUCCAGUAGGCCGAUUAUUGAAAUUUUGUGUUUGCCGGGCCGACAUAGGUUAAACAGCAGAGUGUGAUUGGUUGGCCUAUGUCUCAUGGCCCAGUGUUGCUGCUUUAUUGUGCCUUUGUCAGGUGGAAUAGACGACCUUCUGUCGGAGGCUCAAGAGGUGCCUUUAGCUUGUCAUGAAUUCCACCUGACAAAAACAUGACAAAGCAGCAAUAAGACAUACCUAGCCAUCCAAUCACGCUUCUCCGUUUAACCUAUGUCCACCCCACAAACACAAAAUUUCAAGAAUUAGCCCGCUGCCUAGGAAAUAGAAGUAUAAAAUAAGGAGUAAGGGAAUGAAAAUGAAAAAUUGUUGAAGGAGAAACUGACUUCAAACUUUGAUCUACCUGAUGCGGGUGUGUUCAAAUUUUAGUCAAAUUAACGAUAAUUUGAACUGAUUUUAAUUUUGUUAUGUGAGGGCCUUGAAAAUGUUAAUUGGUGCUAUUCAGUUGUUUUUUCCAAACUAAAGAGGCAAAACUUUCAACUUUAAUACCAACCAAUACCUUAGACUCCAUAUGUUUAGUGUUAUGAUUUCAAAUCCCAUGAGGAUCUAAAUUGCUCAAAAUAUUAAGGAACAAAAAAGACACAACUUCACAAUUUUAACAUUAAGCCGAUUAAAUCAGUUUGUAAGACCCAAUCAUGUAGCUUGUCAGGGCAACCUGUUAUUUGUCUGUCAACUUCUUGUUUAUCAGGUGGAAAUCUCUGAGAGCUUGACUGCCUUUUUUCAAAGAAUCCAUGAAAUAUAUUUGAUACUGUAUAAUACAUCA